AUGAUCCUUGGCUCUUCUUCGGCAAACUUUGCACUCGAUUCGGAGAGACACAUCUAUACGCUAUGUGGCAACAGUCUUGUGAUAACUUCAGUGGAUGGAACUUCAUCCGAGUGGCAACCUGAUCAAGGACUAUAUGAGAUCACAAGCAUAGCUAUUGCGCCAAAUUCCGGUGUCAUCUGCCUAUCCAAGAAGUCUAUUUCUGUUACUCUUCUUUUUUUCAGGGUAUCGAAGCUUCGAAAAAUUGGUGAGAUCCCCUCCAUUGCUGAGGUCGAGGUGCAGCAACUUGUCUAUUCACAAGACGAAACAGUCUUGCUUGUGCUCUGCAAUUAUCCGUCUAGCGCAGUCAAGAUAUUGAAUUCUUCCGGUACGAACGGUAUGUUUUCUAUUUCGAAAACGAUUAAUUUGCCGGACACAUUUUUUAGUGGAUUGCUAUUCGUCAAGUUGCGUAAUGCGGGUUGUGAUGUGAUUGUCUGGGGCGAACACAGUAUUCUCGCCUAUACACUUAAAGAAAGUGAAACGGACUAUACUCAAUGUGCUUCACAUGAGUGCAUUGAUGACACGAUUACAUGUGGAUGUGUUGUUCCGGAAGGUGAACUCUUUGGGUUUGCAUCCGGGAAGGUCUGUUUCUUUAAUCAAAUCGGGGAAACACUGUCUGCUGUGGUCUUCUGCCGUUCCUCAGUGUCAUACUUGGCUGUUGACAACUCUUCAAAUAGCAUUUUCUUGUGCCAAGUCGACGGGCUUCUCCUUCGACUUUCUGGCUCUGCGCCUAAUUAUCAGAUAAGCCCUUGUUGCCAAUUACCUUCCAUUGGCCAACACAUGUCAAUCUUUUUACUAGCGCAGAGCACUAGCUCCGUUUCUGAGCUUGUUGUCUCGACCGGCCUUGGGGUUUACAGAUGCAUUGAAGAGGAAAAUAACUGGAUUAUAUUUCCAAUACGAGAGAAGUGGUGGAAGACCAUCAAAAAGUGUCAUGCAUUAAAAGAUGGCGAGGGUAUCGUUUGCGUUUCUGGGGACGGCACGAUUUCCACAUUUUUUAUCGACAGAAAUGAGGUAUGCGAGUGGAAUGAGCCCGCACAGAAAGAUGGAAAAGGUGAAAUUGUCGACUCCUGUAUUUCUCUGACGGGGAAGCUUGUGCUUGUUUCACGGGAAGGCAUUUUUUACAAGGAUCCAUUGAAUGGGAAUAAUUUGGACCAUGCGCCCAUAUUAUCCACCGAGGAAGCCUACCUGCGGUGCGCUGUGAAUGAUUCCGGCACGUUAGUCUAUUUUACUCCAGAAAUUGUAUAUUUUUUCGACUGCACAGAAACAAGUCUAUGCCCCUGCGGUUCUCUCAAUCUAAAUUCUUUUAACUUUCCACUUGCGGCUAAGUUUAUCUGUGGACUUCCAGGAGAGAACGCUUUUCUAGUUGCGUGUUCUAAUGGAGAGAUUUUUCUGAUCAGCGUCUCCCCUUCCCCCACUUUGUCUGUGGACGCAGAGGAUCCCUUCGAGGGACGACUGAAGGGGUCUUGGAGGCUUGACUUUCCUGUGGAAGCUAUGCAUCCCUGCCAUGUGUCAGAUGAAGCGAUCAACAUUCUGGUGCAUUCUAUCGAUAAGGACACCAAGGUAUACGCAUUGUAUCGGCGCAACGAGGAGAAGGACACUGUCAAGGUGCUCCGACCAAUUUACCUAAUGCGGGACCAUUCAUCUGGAGGCCGGUGCCUAUGCCCUGUCGGAUCCACUGUAGUUUGCUCUGGCGGAAAGGAUGGGUGCCUUGUGUGGCGUGACAUCGGGGCAUAUCAAAAACGACUGCCCGCGAUGCCUCCUUCAAAAGAAAAGCGCAAGCCUCUGAGAGAAUUAACGGUAUGGCACUUUGUAGGGGGCGGCGUCAUCUCCAUUUGCGUCGUGGGCGACAUGAUAGCAUGUGUCGGAAGCCAGGCGAGCUUCCUUAAAAUAAUACCGGGAGCGAUGCCAAUCACGUUUUCGGUGACUAACACAUGGAAGGAGCCUCAAUGGAUUUCUCGGAGAACGGGUUGGGAUGAAUACGGAGUUUGCUCACCGGACGCCUCGAUGGUAACACAAAAAGAUGUGGAAAUGAAAUCCCAAACCGAGGAAGAGGGGAUAAAGAAAACCAUCCAAGACGAGUUGAACGAAAUUCAGCAGGAAUGGUGUGAUGUUGUACAGCCAGAAUGGUUUGACAGGGUAUCUGCUGAGAGUCUUCUUCCUCCAUCCCUGCGGGAGCAAUUUGAAGCUGCGUGCGUCGAUGCUGUGUAUAAGUCAAGAGAGACAGAGUAUUAUCAACUUCUAGAGAAUGAGUAUACACAGGAUGUCAUUAGAGCACGGUGCUGUGAACCCAUGGAGGUGGUUCGAUCAAAAAUUGUUAGCAUUUACGGAGGUCUUGAGGUUCACAACUUUCACAUCGCAAAGAUUGUUCGCCCCCACAAAAAGUUAGCGGAGAAGUGUGUGUUUCUGCGCAGUCUUCAACGAAAGGCUUCGCAAGCAUCACGAACCGUGAAUAUUUGUGAAAAUGCCUCCCUGAAAGCACAGUUGGAUCGAAAUGUGCUUUUGAUUUCUCAAAAGGGGUUUGUUUCUGCGUUAUACUCACCCUUUGAGGCUUUCACGGAGGGGAGGGCUGUGUUACAGACCAUUCUAUUAAAAGGUGUGAUGCUGAGUCUCAAAGAUAGUUUCAACCAGCGCUAUGACGAGAUCCGACAAGUAAAGAAAAGCAUUCUCUCCGCUAUCGAAGAUAAAACGCGUCAAUGCUUACAAAUUGUAAAGCAGCUUGGGGAGGAGCCCUGUCAUGAUGAGCUUUUUUCACCGUAUAUAGAUUAUGAAGAGGAUCCGGGCACGGUUUUCACCGUUCGCGACGAGGAGCUCGACGAAAAGGUUCGCCGUCUGUUACCCCCAAAGCAGGAGUCGUGUAUUGUUUCGCCGUCGAACGAGGCCGCUUUGAAGCUAUGGAUGGACGGUCUUGAGAAGGAUGUGGAGCAUUUGCAGGUAAACGUACCGCUUCCAAGCUUUGCCGAUGAGUCCUGCAAUGCCUUUGUUCCAAAGGACGAACGUACGGAGGAGCAGUUGCAGCUGAUGGAGCAGUACGAAACGCAGCUCCGAGAGGAGACCGAGGCGGUUAACGCACGCAAAGAUGAGCUACGAAACGAAUUCAAGCGCCUGCAAACCGAAUGCCGUACGUUGGCGACAGACUUUGACAUGAAGUUAAGCGAGCUCCGCUCGCUUCGUGCUGCGACGGCAAAGACACUCCAUGAAAUAGAACUAGAACUUGUGCUGUUACUUCAGCAUCGAUUGAAGUUCUUCGACACUUUGAAGAAGUUCGACGCAUUACAGGAGAAAAUUACCUCGCUUUUUCAACAGAUGGAAAAACUAACUCUCUCAAUUGAAGCGAAACAAAGGGUUGUUGCAUCUAUGCGUUCAUCCAUCUAUGAUAUGGAGGAAAGGCAGAAAACAUUCCUUUCUGAUGUGCGUAAUUGUGAGCCUUUUGUAGAUGAACUCCAUGGUGAAAGACUUUAUCGCCGAUUCGUGCGCUGGAAGCGCCUCUUUGACGCGGGAAAGAGUGAUUUGCCUCUUGACAAUCGGCCUCCAGAUGGCAUUCCGCUUGAGUUGUGGACUGCAUUUUGUGACUGCUCAAGGGAGGUCUUGCAGCUCCGUGUACAGAUACAAGAAAGUCAGGUUCCAUACCAACAAGAAGUGGAAUCGUUGAACGCCUUGCAAAAAGAACUAGAAACCCUCGAUAGCUCUUCACAUGCCCUCGAAGCUGAGAGAGAUCAUCUACCCUUGGAUCUUUUAGAUAUCUUUUUAAAUACUAGAUGCCUUUAUCACCUCCACCAAGGCCAGAUUCAGGACGAGAAGGCGGCGCUGACAUCGGACUUCAACACCUCACAUCUCCGCUGGGUCUCUGAUGUGGAUCAGUACAACCAGGCUAUAUUCGCCAGUGCUGAGAAGAGCGAUCAGCUCUUGAGCAAGAUUGUGAAAAAGAAGCAGCUUAAUAAGCAGCGAAGGUUUGAAGCAACAAGACUUGACUACUGCACUGGGACAUUUAAGCUGGAGCUUCAGCAACUUCACACCCUGCGUGUGACGCGCUUGAUGCAGGAAUGGCUAUGCGGCGAUGCGGAUGUCUCAGAGGAAAAAGCGAUAGCCAAAAUCAGCGAACAUAUCCAAUUAGUGAACCUCAGCAUGGCACGGAAGAUGGACCAACUAAAUUUAACCGCCAAGCUACUCAAACGGCAAAUUGCUGAACGCGUCACAGAAAACAGCUUUGUCGAUACUGAAAGAGAAAAAAUACGUUGCACAGUUCAGGACGCUAACACAGUGAAGAUCAUGACCGAUGCCCAUAGAAACGUCUCUAGCCAAAUUGCCACCAGAGCGAAAGAGAUUUUUCAAACAAGCGAAAUGGAGGAAGUGGCUCGUUCGCAGCAGGAGGAGCUUGUACGACUUAAAAAUGAGGUUGAUCGGCUUCGUGCGAAAACGUUUCCUUCCUUCGCAACAGUCUGCAAACGAAUAUAA